CCAUAAUCACAGUCAAAGCCAAUACGUCUUAGAGCAACGUACUCUUAAGACAAAAAAAGAAAUAGUUAAACCAAAAAAUAUAAUAAUAAAUUAAUUAAAAGAAAACUUAACUAAACGAAAAAUAAAAGAAAAAUCGCGUGUUAAGGAAAUAUAUUCCAGUGGAAUCUAUAACAGAUAUUUAACAUAAAAGAAAGUUAAAUUUAAGGAAAAAAAAUCAAACAAACAAUAUGAUGAAAUUCAUUAUUCUGUGCUCUUUUAUUGUGGCCGCUACCGCAGCCUUAAAAAUCCAUGAUUAUCAUGGUCAUGGUGGUCAUCAAGAAUACGAACACCUUGAGUAUGCCAAACAUGAAGAACCCGAACAUGUCGAAGAAACAGAACUUCAUCAUGAGGUUGAACACAAACAUGCCACAUCACAUCAAAGUGUAAAAUUACAUCAUUAUCAUGCCGUCCCAGUGUACAUCAAGAAGGAAGAUCAACAUUUGGUCAAGAAACCCAUUGAAAUUGGAGGCACUAAACAAAAAUUGAAACUUCUACAUCCUGAAACUGAAAAGAAUCAUAAUCAUGGUUUAGUUUUGGAAGAACACAGUGAAUCGAAAUUCCAUGAACAUGGUCACUAUGAAGAACCCAAACACUAUGAACAUUAUCAUCAUCAUGAAUAAAUUGUAAUUAAGAACACACAAAUUAGAAAUAAUGUUCCUUCUUGAGUACACAGCAGAAGCAGUAGCAGCAGCAAGAGGAAAAUUAUCAUAAUUUCUAGCUACAAAAUUGCCAAAUUAUUCCCUAAUGUUCUAGAAUUUGAAAUAUAUCGUAUAAGACUACAUUUAUUUGCUAAAAAAAUAAUAUACCUUAAUUUUUUGUUGUAAAAUAUACAUGUAUGUAAAUACAUAUUAUGUAAUUAAUUGUAA